AUGGCAGAUAGUGAGAAAGCUUUCACUUGUUCUUCGUCUGGUUGUACAAUGAGUUUCACAAAUGAAGAUCAAUUAACAGUACAUAAAAAGAAGCACGAUAUGAUAUUAAAUCUGGGUAGUGGUUCUAAGAAUCCUGGCUUUGUAGCAGAUCAAACUCCUACUCCAACAAGGUUUAUCAGAAACUGUGAAGAGGUUGGCCUCUUUCAAGAUCUACAGAAUGUAAAUCCUUUUGAAGAAACGUUUAGGAGAGCCGUGGAAUCAGGAAACACUGGUACACUUUCAGUAACAGAGGCUGGAAUUACAGAUGACACACUGCACACCCCUCAUAUAUUUCCUCAUAUAGCAGAUGUACUGUCCGGUAGCAAUCAAAUUCUUUCAGAAAGCAGUGUUCACGACUGCUCUGGCAGCAUCUCAAUCACAGAGAAAAGUACAGAAAGAAAUGUUAUCAUUGAUGCAGAAGUCUGCUCGAGUGUCAAGCUUACAGGAACACAGGAACAGGAUCUACUGAAGGACAAACUAACAGGAGAAAAAAAUGAAACACUUGCUGAAAAUAUUAUUAACGAAGUUACGGACACACCGAUAUUAUCAAGGGUUUUAGGAGAACAGCCCAGUCCACAAUUAUCAAUAAACGGAGAAGAGGUACAGCUCCUCUUGAAGACUGCCGAUGGUAAACUAGUGCAACUGUCGGCGAUACCAAUAUGCGAUUCUACUAAUAUAAUUGCUGCGCCAUCGUUAUUGAAAGAGCAAACUGUUGUAAUAAAGACUGAACCUUCUUUACAAUGUGUUACGAAAGUGGCGCCUAAGAAGCCACUGGUUUCUUCACUGUCCUUGACAAAAUUGAAAUUAAAGCAGGCGCUAACCAAAAGUACAGUCUCUCAAUCUCAAAAAUCUGGAGAUAACUCUGGGAGAAAUGAAUUAAAUACCUCGAAGAAGCAAAUCCGAAGUAGAACAGUCGAAGAUCAGAUAAAAAAGAGAGAGAUUCUUGAACGAAAUCGUGCGAGCUCGAUGAGGGCCAGAGCGAAACGCAAAGCAUGGAUACAACAGCUCGAGAGAACGGUCGCAAACGUAAAUGAGACCAAUGUGGCUCUACAAAUGGAAAUAAAGGUCUUACGUACGGAAGUAGCCAAGUUGAAGACCAUUCUAUUGGCUCAUAAAGAUUGCCCUGUUACAAAAGCGAUGCAGAAAGUAAAUGGGAUAGUACUUGGUUCAAAAUUAAUAUCGUUAAAUUCAGAUCUGACUACUAACCCGACGACUCCAAUUGGAAUCUCGCUGAAGAGAACGUCAAUGUCGUCUACAGAAGUGCCUAUUCUGCCCAAGAAAAAGUUAUCUCUAGCACCUGUAAAGCACCCGAUAAUUUUCCCCAGAGUGGAUUGCAGCGCGAAUUUAACGAUACCGAACGCGACCUUGAUUAAAUCUGUGCCUACUCUCAAGAUCAUGGGAGUCGGUCAGCUUUUAGCGGAAAAGGAAGAGACAAAGCAAAUUUUAAUCGUACAAAGUCCACAAAGAGAGGUGGAAAAUUCUCCUAGACAAAUUAUACAAAUAAAUCCCAAUUAUGAUAUAGAUCACGGUUCGACGAAGACCUUAAAUACCUGA